AUGGAUAUUCGAAAAUUCUUUGGGGUUAUUCCAAGUGGAAAGAAACUUGUAAGUGAAACAGUAAAGAAGAAUGAGAAAACAAAGUCUGCUGAAGAAAGUUUAAAAGCAAAGAAAGGAAUAAAGGAAAUCAAGGUAAAUAGUUCUUGUAAAGAAGAUGAAUUGAAGCCGAAGCAGUCAAACAAGAAAAAGAGGAUCAUCUAUGAUUCAGAUUCAGAAUCAGAGGAAACAGUACAGGUAAAAAACGCCAAAAAGCGACCAGAAAAAUCGCCACUGUCUUCUAAACCUGCCAAAACCCGACAGCAGGAUCCUGUCACGUACAUUUCAGAAACAGAUGAAGAUGAUGACUGUGUGUGUAAGAAGACAGCCUCUAAAUCAAAAGAAAAUGGAGGAUCUACAAAUAGUUAUCUUGGAGCAUCAAACGUGAAAAAGAAUGAGGAAAACACCAAGACCAAGAAUAAGCCUUUGUCACCAAUAAAACUUACCCCCACAUCAGUGCUGGAUUAUUUUGGAACUGGAAGCAUCCAAAGAUCAGACAAGAAGAUGGUGGCAAGCAGAAGAAAAGAGCCUUCACAAAAUGCAGAUGAUUCCAGAUUAAAUGAUGAAGCCAUCGCCAAGCAAUUACAGCUUGAUGAAGAUGCAGAGCUGGAGAGACAGCUGCAUGAAGAUGAAGAGUUUGCUAGAACGUUAGCCAUGUUGGAUGAAGAACCCAAGACCAAAAAGGCUGAAAAGGACGCAGAAGAAAAAGAGACGUUUUCAUCUGUACAAGUGAAUUUAUGUAAAGCAGAGAAACCUAAAUAUCCUCAUAAAGAGCAAUUUUCAGAUGAAAGAAAGAACUUCAGCCCUAAGAAGCAAACUAAGUGUGUAGGUUCAAGAGAAUCCCAGCAACGUUCCAGGUCAUCAGCUCAUAAAACAGGGGAAACUUCUCCAAAAGCCAGUUCUAAGCUGGCACUUUUGAAAAAAAAAGAAGAGAGUUAUAAUAAAGAAACACAGUCUAUGGCCUCAAAACGAAAAGAAAAUGUUACUGAGUUAAAAGAGACAAGAACUCCUAAGAAAAUCAAAAGUUCUCCAGCUAAAAAAGAGUCUAUAAGUCCUGACGAUGCUGAAAAGAGACGCAGUAAUUACCAAGCUUACCGAAGCUACUUAAAUCGAGAAGGUCCCAAAGCUCUGGGCUCCAAAGAAAUACCAAAGGGAGCUGAAAAUUGCUUGGAAGGCCUUACAUUUGUAAUCACAGGAGUGCUGGAGUCCAUUGAACGAGAUGAGGCCAAGUCUCUAAUUGAGCGUUAUGGGGGAAAAGUAACAGGAAAUGUCAGCAAGAAAACAAACUACCUGGUCAUGGGUCGUGAUAGUGGUCAAUCCAAGAGUGACAAGGCAGCAGCCUUGGGGACAAAUAUUAUUGAUGAAGAUGGCCUGUUGAAUCUGAUUCGAACUAUGCCAGGCAAGAAGUCCAAGUAUGAAAUAGCCGCUGAAGCUGAGAUGAAGAAAGAAAAAUCCAAAUUGGAAAGAACACCCCAAAAAAAUGACCAAGGAAAAAGAAAAAGUAGUCCAACUAAGAAGGAAUCAGAAUCUAAAAAGUGCAAACUGACUCCCAAAAGGGAAAGCUCUAUAAAGUCACUAAAGAAGGAAGCAAGUGUGUCUCAGAGAGGCCCGGACUUCCAGGAGCAGGCGGCUGAGGAGACACAUGGUGACGGCCGGGCUAGGAAUUUGGCUGAUGACAGCAGUGAAAGCAGAGUGGAGAGUUUGCUCUGGGUGGAUAAGUAUAAGCCAGCCUCACUCAAGACCAUAAUUGGACAGCAAGGUGACCAGAGCUGUGCCAACAAACUCCUGCGCUGGCUCCAAAACUGGCACAAGAGUCCAUCCGAAGAUAAGAAACACGCAGCAAAGUUUGGUAAAUUCGCUGGCAAAGAUGAUGGCUCCAGUUUCAAAGCGGCCUUGCUCUCAGGCCCUCCCGGCGUUGGCAAAACAACCACAGCUUCUCUGGUUUGUCAGGAAUUGGGAUAUAGCUAUGUGGAGCUGAAUGCAAGUGACACUCGGAGUAAGAACAGUCUGAAGGAGACUGUUGCUGAGUCACUGAAUAAUACCAGCAUCAAAGGCUUUUAUUCAAGUGGAACAGUCCAUGCAGUAGGCAUGAAGCAUGCUCUCAUCAUGGAUGAAGUAGAUGGCAUGGCUGGCAAUGAGGACAGAGGAGGAAUUCAGGAAUUAAUUGGCCUGAUAAAACAUACAAAAAUUCCCAUUAUUUGUAUGUGCAAUGAUAGAAAUCAUCCCAAGAUCCGCUCUUUGGUUCAUUAUUGUUUUGAUCUUCGUUUUCAAAGACCUCGGGUCGAACAGAUCAAGGGUGCUAUGAUGUCUAUUGCAUUUAAAGAGGGUCUAAAGAUACCCCCUCCAGCUAUGAAUGAAAUAAUCUUGGGAGCUAAUCAAGAUAUCAGACAGGUUUUACACAAUCUGAAUAUGUGGUGUGCACGAAAUAAGGCACUGACCUAUGACCAGGCCAAGGCUGAUUCUCAUAGAGCCAAAAAGGAUAUCAAAAUGGGCCCGUUUGAUGUUGCCCGCAAAGUGUUCGUAACUGGAGAGGAGACUGCUCAUAUGUCACUUAUGGACAAAUCAGAUCUCUUUUUCCAUGAUUAUUCGAUAGCACCCCUCUUUGUCCAGGAGAACUACAUCCAUGUGAAGCCUGUAGCUGCAGGGGGUGACGCGAAAAAGCACCUGAUGCUUUUAAGCAGAGCAGCAGACAGCAUAUGUGACGGUGACCUAGUGGACCGCCAAAUCCGGAACAAGCAAAACUGGAGUCUUCUGCCCACACAGGCCAUUUAUGCCAGUGUUCUUCCUGGAGAGUUAAUGAGGGGGUACAUGACCCAGUUUCCUACCUUCCCAAGUUGGUUGGGGAAGUACUCAUCUAUGGGCAAACACGAUCGUAUUGUUCAGGACCUAGCUUUGCAUAUGAGUCUCAGAACUUACUCCAGCAAAAGGACAGUAAACAUGGAUUAUCUGUCACAUAUAAGGGAUGCGCUUGUACAGCCCUUGGCCUCACAAGGGAUAGAAGGAGUACAGGAUGUUGUUGCUCUUAUGGACGCAUACUAUUUGAUGAAAGAUGACUUCGAGAAUAUUAUGGAAAUUAGCAACUGGGGAGGCAGACCUAGUCCGUUCUCUAAACUGGAUCCCAAGGUAAAAGCCGCCUUCACAAGAGCUUACAAUAAAGAAGUCCACCUCACUCCGUAUUCACUCCAGGCAGUGAAGACACACAGGCCCAGCACAGGCCCGUCGCUGGAUUCUGAAUACAACGAAGAGUUAAAUGAAGAUGACUCUCAAUCGGAUGAGAAGGACCAGGACACUUUGGAAACUGAUGCUAUGAUCAAGAAAAAGACAAAAUCUUCAAAGCCUUCAAAAUCAGAAAAAGAUAAGGAGUCCAGAAAAGGAAAAGGAAAAAGUUCAAAGAAAUGA